UUCGUAGUGGUUACUUUGAUUCAUGUCAUCAGGAUGCCUGACAAUAAAGAUCUUUCACUUGGAUUACUACCUCUCUCCACCGAUAGAUUUGCUAGAUAUGAAUUAUUCAAGUUUCUCAGGAAGAUUUUCAAGCCGUAUGCCAGUUAUUCGAGUGUAUGGUACAGCUUCUACAGGUCAGAAAAUCUGUUGUAAUGUACAUGGAGUUUUGCCGUAUUUUUACGUUGACCUGCCAACUUAUGAGUUGGGUGGCGGUGACUUUGUUCGGUCGUUUGUCUUCAGUCUUGAAAAAUCUAUUCGUACCAAGCUGAACAACUAUAAUAUGAAAGAUAUGUACAUUUUCGAUGCUUCAGUGGUGUCUGGUCUUUCUAUAUAUGGAUAUCAUGAUACAGAAAGACCCUUUAUCAAGUUGUACCUUGUGGAUCCUGCUAUAGUGACUGUCUGUUCUGAAAUAUUACAAAGUGGUGCUGUGUUAAAUCGUGUAUUUCAAACUUAUGAAACGCAUAUCCCAUACUUGCUACAGUUUUGUGUGGAUUAUAAUCUGUACGGCAUGAAUUUGCUAUAUGCAGGAUAUUUUAAAUUUCGUACAUCUGAUUAUAUAAAUUUCCCAUCAUUGCUGAAAAAUUCAGAAAAUAUGUGGAGUCCUUCAAAACUCAACUCAGAACAUUUAUUACAACCAAAAUGUGCUCCUAAAUACACUAGUAUGGAAUUGGAAGUUGAUAUAUCUGCAUGGGAUAUUCUGAAUCGUCGAGAGCUUGGAAUUAAUCCUUCUAUAAAUCCUGGUCUUGAAGCUAUGUGGACUGAAGAAGAAAUGCGUCGAAUCUCAAAAUUUGAUAAGUCUGAAAAUUUUCCAAAAAUGCCAACUGCAAAUGAAUUAUUACCAUGUGAUGAACAAAACAUCGAAGUUAGUCUAUCAGCCAGUGAAUCGAAGUAUCUUUCUCAAUGGACUGUUCUUCUUCAACAAUACACAAUUUCACAAAGUCAACAAGAUGAUAAUUUAACAGAUAUAGGUCAGAAAAUCUGUUGUAAUGUACAUGGAGUUUUGCCGUAUUUUUACGUUGACCUGCCAACUUAUGAGUUGGGUGGCGGUGACUUUGUUCGGUCGUUUGUCUUCAGUCUUGAAAAAUCUAUUCGUACCAAGCUGAACAACUAUAAUAUGAAAGAUAUGUACAUUUUCGAUGCUUCAGUGGUGUCUGGUCUUUCUAUAUAUGGAUAUCAUGAUACAGAAAGACCCUUUAUCAAGUUGUACCUUGUGGAUCCUGCUAUAGUGACUGUCUGUUCUGAAAUAUUACAAAGUGGUGCUGUGUUAAAUCGUGUAUUUCAAACUUAUGAAACGCAUAUCCCAUACUUGCUACAGUUUUGUGUGGAUUAUAAUCUGUACGGCAUGAAUUUGCUAUAUGCAGGAUAUUUUAAAUUUCGUACAUCUGAUUAUAUAAAUUUCCCAUCAUUGCUGAAAAAUUCAGAAAAUAUGUGGAGUCCUUCAAAACUCAACUCAGAACAUUUAUUACAACCAAAAUGUGCUCCUAAAUACACUAGUAUGGAAUUGGAAGUUGAUAUAUCUGCAUGGGAUAUUCUAAAUCGUCGAGAGCUUGGAAUUAAUCCUUCUAUAAAUCCUGGUCUUGAAGCUAUGUGGACUGAAGAAGAAAUGCGUCGAAUCUCAAAAUUUGAUAAGUCUGAAAAUUUUCCAAAAAUGCCAACUGCAAAUGAAUUAUUACCAUGUGAUGAACAAAACAUCGAAGUUAGUCUAUCAGCCAGUGAAUCGAAGUAUCUUUCUCAAUGGACUGUUCUUCUUCAACAAUACACAAUUUCACAAAGUCAACAAGAUGAUAAUUUAACAGAUAUAGAAUCAUCUAUUCCAAACGAUGACUACGUUUCUAAAUGGCUUGAAUGCAGUUUUACCGAGGAUGAUGAUGAGACUAUUGGCGAAGAAGAAGAAGACAAGGAAGACGAAGAGAAAGACAUCGAAGGCUACAAAGGCAAUCUGACUAUUGAAGCCAAUGAUGCUGAUGAUGCUGAGGAUGAGACGAUUUCUGUUCAACUAACUCAAGAAUCACUUGUGUUGAAAACUUUUGUAGAAAAUACAGCCACUACUACUGCGACUAUUGCUACCCCUCGUCCUGCACCACCAACGACAACUGAAAAUAAAUCCUCGGCUAGUUUCACUACAAUCAGUUCAACUGGUCUACAAGAAUUAUAUCGUCUAGCCAGUGCUACAGAAGAAUAUGAUGCAUGGGUACCAAACAGUGAACAAUUGGAUCAGUUGCAUAAUCACUUAGAAUGUACAUCAAAACUGCAUGCAUUGCAGCCGCCAUCAUCAUCGUCAUCAGUGAAUUUAACUAAACUUGAGUAUUCACAACAGUUGUUGGUAAAUACUCAUAAUAAUAGUAUUAAUGCUGGCUGGACAAGUAGUCCUAUUGAUCUGCUUGAAGUUAAACCAUCUGAUAAUGUUUCCAGUGAAGAUUUGCUAUGGACUAGUCAACAUGCAAUUGUACAACCACUACAAACAACGACUAUUACCGAUGCUAACCGAGAAGAAUCGCAUAAUAAUAAUGAUGAUGAUGUUGGCGAUGAAGACACGCUGAUUACAAAUGCUACACAAUGUGCUAUAUCUUUUGUAUGCAAUCAGUUGGAUAAUACACAUAAAUCGAUAGUUGGCGCUUAUUUGACUACAGUACAUGAAACACAUGGCGAUGACAAUGAUGAUGAACAGUGUAUGUCUCAACCGAGUGGAUUUAUUGAUGUGAAUCCUGAGGAAAUGUUUAAUAUGCCAGUUAGUCAAAAUAAUAAUAAUAAUAAGGAAUCGUCGUCAGUAGCGUAUGAUUGUUGGGAUGAAAUGUCUGAUGAUCUAUUCCUCACUUAUUUAGAUGAUUCUUAUGAUGCUGAUUAUAUUCCAUGCCAAGAGUUGAAGUCAAUCAAUGAAGAAAAUGAAGACGUCGAUGCUGCUGAUGGCGAUGUUGAUGACGACGACGACGUAUUCCACUUACAUUCUACUCCUGUACAAGAUGAUACAGGGAAUAAACAGUUGCCACUAAUAGAAGGUGAUCAUAACGAUGGUGAUGAUGAUGUUGAUGAUGGUGGAGGGGGUGGCGGUUGUUCACUGUCUGAUUCACUUUUACUUCUGUCAUCACCACCACCACCACAACCACUCAUCAGAUUAUCUCAUGACGAUGACGAGGUGGAUGAUUACGCUACAAAAGAAUCUGUACAACAACACAGACAAGAAGAACAACAACAACCAUGUCUUAGUGCUGUUAGCAGUGGUAUUGACAAGUCGAAAUCAAACUCAUCUGAACCUCUUUUAGAUAUGGAUAAUAUUUCAGAGAUACUUUUUGAUUCAUGGUCUUCUGAAAGUGAUACUUCAUUGCCAAGUAAUCGUGUACCACAAGUUGAUGGUAAUAUGGAUUCAAGUUGUACAGAUGGUGACAAUGAGAAGAAGGAUACAUCUUCAAAUACUGUUGAUGGUGUUAAACCGGCGAGAAAACGUCGUAGACUUGGUUUACGUUUGCCUAGACGAGAAUCUGGCACAAGUCAGACAGGAACAACACAAAAUACAGAAAAUAUGACUCUUUCAUCUCCUACCAGCCGCUUGUCUACCUCUAUAUCAGCAUCAAUGAAUCUUUUUCCAGUUGAUAUAUCAACUCCAAUCUGUGGAAGAAGAAGAGACCAAUGUCUGUCGGAUAAUAAUAAUUCUACGAUAGGAGAUUUUUCACCGUCAGUCAGUGUAAACUCUACACCAAAGCCUGGAAUUUCAGUAUCUGAGUGUUUGCCAAGCACUAGUUAUUCAAAUCCUGUUGUCAUCCUUGAACGUAUACCGUCUCCGUCGACAUCACCUCUGACAAAUACUGAACCAUUACCUUAUCAAUCUAAAAAACGUUCAACACCAAGAGAAGAAUUCAAUGAUCUUGAAGAGACAAUCUUAACCUGUAUACAUACUGAGACUUCACAGAUGGCGACGAUGACAAUGAUAGAUUCAGUGGUACCCACGGCUGAAGAACCAGUCUUCUCAUCAUUUCAUUAUGAUUUUUCAGAUCUAACCUAUUGUUCACCAAAUACUUCGAGCAGCAGUCAAUAUCCAGGUCGGUUAAGUUUGUAUUCACAGACUCAAUUAUCCUUGGCAGUCGAUACUAGCCCAACAGCGACAACAACUGCUAAUACUGGUAAUAUUCCUGAUGCUAUUGAUGAUAAUCAGUCAGCCGAAUUGCUGUCACCAUUGCCGUCGCCGUCGCCACCACCACCACCACGGAGGCCGCCAGUUAGACGUCCUCCAUGCGCUCCGUCAUUUUGGCGUCCAGUACAUUCACCGCCUCGACUGAAAGUUGUAAAUGAUUGGCUUGAAAAGUUCAAGGCAUUAAAGGAGGAUAAUAAACUGUCAACUAUAUUGGAUAAUAACGAAGAAGAGGGUGAUGAAGAAGAAGAAGAGGAGGAUGAGGAAGAGGGGGGAGAUAAUUCCUCUAAUAAUAACCAAUCAGAAUUAAGUGCAGAGAGAGAUAAGUCAGCCUCAUUGUCGAAUGAAUUAUUUCAGCAGGAGACAUCAGAUAAAAUACUGAACUCCACUCAUCAUCAUCAUCAUCAUCCUUCUUCAGUUGACAGUAUAGUGAAGACACUUUCCAGCGGACAGAAUCACUCACAAGGUUGCAGUAUGAAAAAUGUAUCAGCUGAUGAAUCUUUUUCAAAUACUCGACAAUCAACCAUUGGCUCUGUCAGUCUUUUAUAUCAGACAGCUAACGAUCGUUGUUAUUCAUCAAUUCAGGUUGAUCACACCACUGUCGCUAGCUUAGAAUUACACUGUCGUAGUCGUCUUACAAAGUCAUCAACUGUUGGUGCCCCCACUGCUACAGCAGCAACAACAACGACGAACGAUUUCACCAUGUCAACAUCAAAGUACACAAAGCCAUCCAGUAAUUAUCAAUCGAAAUGUGGUUUAAUCCCAGAUCCUAAUUUCGACCCGAUUCAAGUGGCUUGUUUGAGUUUUUCGCAUCCUCAACAAAUACCUACUUCAACUGCCACUACUACUACUACUGCUACUGCAACACCAACAGAAACAUCUGGUAAACAAAUUCGUUACACAAAUUUAUUUGUACUAAUUCUCCUAUCAGAAUUAUCCGGUGUCAAUGAAACGACAGUGUCGUCAUUUAGGCAAUUACCGCCGAAAUAUUUGCAUGGAUUAACUAAUAAUGGUUAUGGCAGGAGGCGGAGGAAACGCAACCUGAUCCCGUGUAUCAUUUGGUGUACAACGGAAUGGAAUCUGAUUUCAUGGAUUGUUUAUCUCAUUCAAACAUUUAAUCCUGAAAUACUGAUUGGUUAUGAUGUAGAGCGUUAUUCAUGGGGUUAUUUAGUUGAUCGUGCAAAUCACUUUGGACGUCGAACAAUAACUCGAGAAUUAUCACGUUUAGCAUCAGAUAUUAUCAACUGUCCACAUUGUCACCAGUGUAUUAAUGAAUGUAUUAAACUGGUGCAUACAAUGAUUGGAAUUAUGACCACUAGUGGUCCUACUACUAAUACUACUACUACAACUGAACACUGUUCACCAAAACAUUUUGAUACACAAGAAUUUAUGAAUAGUAUACAACAUCGUUGCAAUUGUCCAUGUAAUCCGUUGUAUUCUUCAACAAUGGCAAGUAAAUAUAACAGUCAUUCGACUGCUACCACCAACUCAACUUCUUCUUCUUCUUCUACGCCUACGAAUAAUCCACGUGUUGUAUGGCCAUGUGGUCCAGGUGCUGGCCGUACUGGCGGUUUAUUUCCUUGUCCUGGACGAGUUGUUCUAUGCUUUUGGAGGAUACUGAUGCAUGAAAUUAGCUUAUAUGAAUAUAGUUUGGAGACUGUUGUACGUGAACUGCUAAAGGAGUAUAUGCCGUGUUAUACAUUUGGACAAUUGAAUGAAUGGUACAGUAAUAUUAACGGAACGAAUCGUUGGCGUACAGUAGAUUAUUGGAUACAUCGAUCUAUUGUGAACUUGCGAUUACUGAAUACCUUAGAUUUAAUUGGUCGUACAAGUGAAUUUGCCCGUGUAUUUGGUAUUGAAUUCUAUCAUGUGUUAUCUCGUGGUUCACAGUAUCGUGUGGAGUCUCUCCUGUGUCGAAUAGCCAAACAAUUCAAUUUUCUCCUGCCAAGUCCAACUGUAACACAACGUGCACAUCAACGUGCUCCUGAAGCUAUCCCGUUAAAUCUAGAACCGGAAAGUGUACUAUUCAUCGAUGGUCCUGUUGCAGUGCUAGACUUUCAAUCUUUAUAUCCAUCUAUUAUCAUUGCAUAUAAUUAUUGUUAUUCUACAAUACUUGGGCAUAUAUCUUGUCUCCUACAAGGUGAUAACUCAGUAUUCAAUCUUGGUUGUCUAACACAUUCUCUUCCAUCUGGUCUAAUACAGAAAAUUGGUCAAGAAGUCAAUAUCUCCCCAAGUGGUAUUGUAUUUGUUAAAAAAUCAAUCAGAGAAGGCAUUCUACCACGUAUGUUGAAACAACUUCUUACAACACGUCUAAUGGUAAAAGAUUCAAUUAAACUCUACAAGUCAGAUAAGUGUUUGAACCGACUAUUGGAUGCACGUCAAUUGGGUUUAAAAUUAAUGGCCAACGUGACCUUUGGUUAUACAGCUGCCAGUUUCUCUGGUCGUAUGCCGUGUGUAGACCUUGGUGAUAGUAUUGUACACAAAGCAAGAGAAACAUUGGAACAGGCUAUUGAACUGGUUAACAGUGGACAAAUCGCUUUACCGGAGAGUUGUAACGGCCUUCCAACCCCCCGUGUUGUCUAUGGGGAUACAGAUAGUUUAUUUAUCCAUUUGAAAGGUUAUGGUAAAUUGGAAGCGUUUGAAGCUUCAUAUAGAAUAGCUGAAGUGAUCACAUCGAAGAAUCCUGUACCGAUUAAGCUGAAAUUUGAAAAGAUUUAUUACCCUUGUCUUCUAGAGGCUAAAAAACGUUAUGUUGGUUAUGCUUAUGAAAGCCUUAAUCAAACAGAGCCUGUAUUUGAUGCUAAAGGGAUAGAAACGGUGCGGAAAGAUAGUUGUCCGUUUGUAGGAAGAAUACUUGAAGAAUGUUUCAAACUUUUAUUCAAUCAUUUCACUAUUCCACAAUGUGUGAAAAACAAUGAUGAUGGUGCUGAUGACGAUGAGUUCAAGGAUUCGUUAAAUGCGCCUACAGGAUAUCAGUCGAUAGAUAAAAGUUUAAAAUUAGCCGAAUAUAAUCUCAGGAGUAAAAUUCAACAAUUCGCUUAUCGUUUAAUCCACGGGAGAAUACCAUUCCAUGAGUGUAUUAUAACCAGGCCGUAUUGGGGACUAACAGCCUAUAAAGCAGGAACAUUCUCUCCGGCAUUACAAGUGGCUAGACGUCUCCUGUCUCUGGAUCCACGCAGUGAACCAUUACGUGGUGAACGUGUUGUCUAUUUCAUUGCAGCUGGUCGUUCAGAUCAAGCCUUAUUAUCUUGUGUUCGAAGUUUACACGAAAUCCAUCCAUCGAUAUGGAUUACAGGAAAGUCGAGUGCAUCACGUCGUUUGUUGGCACCACGUCUCAAUUAUGGUUAUUAUCUGGAUAAACAAUUUAUACCGCCUAUUGAAAGGAUGACACAAGUGAUUGGAUGGAGAGUUCGUAAUUGGUUAUCAGAUCUUCCGCGUUCUUCAGCAUUUAAACAUCAUCGUUAUGUUUUAAACUCAGGACCAUCUUCUGCCUCUCAGCGUCGUUUCACAAAUCUUGGCUCUCCAUCAUCAUCAACAUUCAGUCUGUCUCCAUCUUCAUCGCAGAUGAAUUUCACUACAGGCCUACAGCAUAAACGUUGUCGCCGACCGUCAGCGCUUAUGCGUGCUUUUGUUGCACAAAUACCACAAAUUUGUCCCAGCUGUGAAUCAUUGGUGCCAAAUACUAGUUCAACUGACCAGCUGGGACAUUGUAGAACUUGUAUUCAUGGGAAUAGUAAAUUAAUGAAUAUUGGAGUGAUAAAACUCGGUUGUGCAAUAAAUCAUAUCCAGUCUCAACUGAAUCGGCUGGAAACAAUUUGUACAUAUUGUACAGUGAAUCGUGGCAUCCUCUGUGAUACUAUUUGGUUGUGUAAUAAUUUCAACUGCCCAGUGAACAGUAAACGCUUGCUGGCAUCAGCUGAUGUAGCCAUGUUGUGGACACGUUACAGUAAAUGUUUGAAUUCUCAAAUAGACACUGUAAAUUCAUGGUAG